AUGGCCGCCCUUCCCUCGUUUGUAGAACUCAUGGCUUCAUUGGGCUUGGAGCAAAGAGCAGCACCUUCGCGUCCAGAGCAAUCUCCAUCACCUCCCCCACCGUCGUCGCCUGAUUCGCCUCGUAUAGCGAGCAGAGGUGCACCAACGAAGUCGAGUUCGAACCCAUCUCUCCGGGAAACGGCCACCCGGCACCGCGUCUCGCGCUUCUCUCCAUACUCUCCGGUGGUGUCUUUUACCAGGAGGAGAGGAAGUUUGUCUUCCGUCUCGUCUUCAGACUUUGAUUCUUCGCCAUUGAGCGCAACAUUCUCCAUUCCUCCCCGUCCGACUGCUACCCGUCCGAGGAAAUAUCGCAACAAGCUCACUGUCACCACCUACGAAUCGUCUAGCGAUCUCGCAGCAGAUACCCCGAUCUCGACGUAUGUUCGUCGCAAGACGCCAGGCACCUCUCCGACAUCGCCGACAUUCCAUCGUGACAGUGGUUACGAGUCCUCAUCUCCAACCCCCAUGCCCUUCUCGAUCCCCAGCCUCCCAGUGCUUCUUCCGCAUUCCGCGAGCUCCGAGUCGUUCCCUGAUACCACCACCUCCGACUCCGAUUCUGUCGACAUUGGUCGCUCAAUGCAGAGCACACCUCUAGCCGAUAUCACGGAAGGGACCAACUAUUACCGUUACAUUCGCCGACGUACGGGGACCAGGAUCUCAACGCCUCCACGCUCCGCUCGUAGCGAACACCACCCUGGAACGGAUUCCAUUGUCCACUAG